AUGGCCCGUACUCAUCACAGAAUUGUGGCUCUGGAGACAUUCUUUUGCCCGCUCCCCAAGUUCGAUGCCUGCUUUCCGGCAUCGCACACUUUCGAAGUCAAGGAAUAUGCCAGGACAAAGGUUUCCGAGAUCCCAGAGCGCAUUCGUGACGCCGAUAUUCUUGUCAUGACUGUCAUCCCAAUCCGGGCAGACGUCUUGAGCGAAGCCGUAUCGCCGAAUCUGAAGAUGAUUGGUGUCGUCGCCUCGGGGACGGAUUCCGUCGACUUGGAAGCUUGCAAAAAGCGCGGUAUUCAUGUGGCCAACACUCCACAUUGCAAUGCGACCGCAGUGGCAGAACACGCCAUUGCUUCUUACUUUGCUGCCCGGCGAUCCAUCACUUUGACCCAUUCUUUGGCACGUUCAGGGGAGUGGCCAAAACGCGGCACAUUGUUAAAGACCAUGGAUGGACCAAAUGGCAAGCCGCCAAUGACAUGUGGCAGCGAAACUAUGGGCAUCAUGGGAUAUGGCGCCGUGGGAAAGAAGAUCGAGAGCGUGGCGAAAGCGUUGGGUAUGAAAGUGUUGAUAUCAGCACGAAAGGGGGCGCCUGCUGGCAAAGGCCGCACCGACUUCAACACAGUUAUCCGUGAAUCGUCGGUCAUUGUCAUGUGUCUGCCUCGCACACCAGAGACUUUGAACAUGAUUUCAGAGCCGGAGCUGGAUGCCAUGCCGAACUAUUCGGUCCUGGUCAACGUCUCUCGAGGCGGCAUGGUCGACGAGAAAGCUCUGGUAGCGGCAUUGAGGGCCAAGAAGAUUGCCGGCGCCGCUACAGAUGUCUUCCUGCAGGAACCUGCAGGUCCGGAGACCAGCCCGCUCCUUGCACUGGACACAGCUGACCUGAAUCUUGUGACCACGCCUCAUGUUGCGUGGUGCGCUGAGGAUACCACCGAUAAUUACAAUGAGAGCCUGAAGAAGAACGUUUCGAGUUGGCUAGAGGGAGCACCCACCAACAAAGUUGUCUAG